AUGGCUGAAAACCCGACACUUACCUUGUAUUCAGCUGGUACUCCAAAUGGAAGAAAAAUUACAGUAUUCCUUGAGAUAUUGAGAAUACCACACACAUAUAAAAAAAUUGACAUAUUCAAAGGCGAACAGAAGAAAAAAUGGUUUCUCAAGUUGAACCCGAAUGGUCAAAUUCCAGUUAUUACCGACUUUGAUGAAAAAGGAGAUGAAAUUACCAUUUUUGAAACAGGAGCUAUCCUAGAAUUUUUAGCUUUUAAAUAUGAUUGCAACAAUGAAGUAUCUUUUAGAUUUGGUACUCGUUUGUAUUGGGAACAAUCAAAAUGGUUAGCGUUUCAGAUAUCGUCGCAUUCUCCAUUACAAGGUCAGCUUAGUUAUUUCAUGAACUUUGCUCCGUUCAAGGACCAACCGGCAAUCGAAAGAUAUCAUGAAGAAACAAGACGUAUAUUUGGGGUAUACGAAAGGAGACUUGAAGAAAACAAUGGGUGGCUUGUAGGCGAUCGGUUGAACGUAGCAGAUAUAGCCGCAUACGCAUUUAUUCGGCGCCAUGAUUUUGUGAAGGUACUGUUGGACGAAUUUCCUUCAUUGAGAAUUUGGUUAGAAAAUAUCAACCAAAUUGAUGGCGCAAAUAAAGGUUAUCUAUCUGCCUAA